AUGAUAUCGAGUCGAAAAACAAACACUAUUCAGCUUCAAGCGGAACUUAUUCUACGAAAAUUAUACAAUUGCCGAAUACUUUCACUGGAUAUGUCGUCAGUGCCAGCCAACUUUGAAUUAAAGACAGGCUUGGUUUAUAAGAAUAAUCGUGCAAUAGAAAUUGCGGAUUCAGUUGUCUGUUGUUCAUGUGAAACAUUGGAGUAUGUGGCAAAGAUUAUUGGGCAAGCGCCUCAUUUAAAUCCAAUUAAACUUCGGAGCUGGCAUGGAUUCAGUUCUGUGAUUAAACCAUGCCACAAGAUAUUUCCGGAAGGCAUAGAGGACGACAAAUUAUAA